GAAACUGGAUAGAUAAAAAAGGGGACUUGUGAGCUUCUAUGUACUUCUGUAUUCUUUAGUCAAAGAAUUGUGUUCAAUAGUUUCUUAUCUGUAAUUCAGCAUUUUCUUCUUCUUAGUAUAGUGUUGGAAGUCUUUCGAGGACGUACGAGAGGUUUCUUAUUAAAGAAAUUAGAAAAUUUAAGUUAACAUAAGAUGUUUCAGCACGCAGUGCGUUCUGUUGUACGGAAUGCCUCCCGAAUUAGUAACCGUUUUUCUUCAUCUUAUCGACCUGCAAAUUAUGAACCACCAACAAUGGAUCGUCUACCAAUUCCAAAUGGUUCAUGGCAAAAAGCUUAUGAUAAAAAACAAGUAUCGUACAAUUUACAAUUAGCUGGUUGUCUUACUUUUGUCGUAGUCACUUUAAUUGUGGCCAAAACAUCAGGAUUAUUUUAUCUUAAUUGGUAUCCUCCAGAACAGAAAAAGCAAUAAUAUAAAAAAUAAUAUAACAUAGUUAAUUGUAGAAAAAUUAACAUUCUACGAACAUCAUUUAUUGUUGUUCUUUUCUAUGAAUAAUAUUUAAUUUGUAAUAGAAUUAUUAUGAUAUAAAAGCUCUUAAAUAUCCAUUUAAAUAUAUUGGCUUUUAUUUGAAAUAUGAAACCAAUAACGUACCUAGUGCAAGAAUAAUAAAUCAAUAAUUUAUAUGACACGAUUAAAUGGCAAACAUUAGGAUCUUGUUCAUGAAAAUUGGUUAGGAAUUACGCUUGGAUUUAUUAUUGGCAUAAACAAUUGAAAAAACCGAAGGAUUACAAGGAAACUACAAGAUCAUAAAAAGUUUUUUUUCUUUAUAAUUACGUAAGUAUUUAAUUAUUAAUUACGUAAUUAGUAAUAAUUAUAUUGUCUAUUAAAACUUUGUUCAUUUCAUUUCAAAUAUAGAAAUGUAAGUAUAAAUAA